CUGAGGCGAGAAAAGGGAGAGGUAAAUCUGAGUGACUUUCUUCCUCUCCUGUCCCCUGUGGAGACUAGAAGAUACGUCUUUCUUUUACAACCAGGGCAAUGUUCAGAAAAAACUUUGAAGACUGAAGCCAGUGACUCGAUUCUAAAUCUGCUCCCCAGAAACGUAAGUGUAACCCAGUUAUUUCUUGCAGGUCAGACAGAGGGGAGAGCGUCUGGGAGUGGAACAAUGGCCGGGUCAGCUGACACCAUUGAGAUGCCGGCUCUGGGCCGCCCGUUCCACCUGGGGAUGCUGUACGACUGCCGCAGCGACUCCCUCAUCCCAGGGAUCACGCUGUGGGGCCGGGAACGGCUUCUCAAGGAUGUAAACACAAAACCACAACCCUGGAUGAACUGUGAGAUCAUCGCAUCCGAUACCAUUGAAGACAAGGCCAAUGCCCUCAAUGUCACAGCAUCGCUGAAGGCUAGUUUCCUGGGGGGGUUGGUUGAAGUAAGUGGAUCUGCCAAAUACUUAAAUGACACCAAAAAAUCCAAACAACAGGCCAGAGUUACUCUCCAGUACUCUGCCACAACAAAGUUUGAGCACCUAACUAUGAGCCAUUUAGGACCAGAGAAUGUCUCUUAUCCUGCUGUAUUUGACCAAGGCACGGCCACCCAUGUGGUCACGGCUAUGCUGUAUGGGGCUCAGGCUUUCUUUGUGUUUGAUCGAGAAGUUUCUUCUUCUGAGAAUGUACGUGAGAUAGAGGGAAAGCUCCAGAUUGUGAUGAAAAAGAUACCCCUGUUUUCCAUAGAAGGGGAAGGAGCUGUCAAAAUGGAUGACAAGGAAAAAUUAAAUGCUGAAAAUUUUAACUGCAAGUUCCAUGGUGAUUUUGCUCUUGAGAAAAAUCCAACUAAUUUCCAAGAUGCCAUGAAAAUUUAUUCCACUCUCCCGAAGCUGCUGGGUGCCAGCGGGGAGAAGGCCGUACCGGUGAGAGUCUGGCUGUACCCGCUGAAGCAGCUGGAUUCCAGAGCUGCUCGGCUGGUGCGUGAGAUCAGCUUAACACUGAUCUUUGAUGCUCAAAGAGCCUUGGAGCAACUGACUGAACUGGACAUGCGAUGCAAUGACAUGAUGAAAAAUCCAAUUGCCAUAACCUUCCCCGAAAUCAAAAAGAAAAUCCAGCAAUUCAAAGACCUGUGUCAGCAACACAGACAGACUUUCCAGCAACAACUAGCAGGAAUCUUACCUGCUAUCCGUGGAGGUGGAGCAGAGGAAGGGGCCCUGGUGAACAUUUUAAAAAGCAAAGAACAAUCACCGUUCAAUACACAGAGACUCAAUGAAUUUCUGGAUACAAAGGAGCGAGAGAUGAAUUUAGUGGAUUCCUACCUUACUAGGCUACAGAAUGUGGAAGUCGUAUCCUCCAAGACUGAACUAGAAAAAAUAGUACUCAGCCCUGAGCAUGAUUUUAUUGUGUCUUUCACACUUACUUCAUUACACAACAAAGAACCAUAUUUAUCAGAUUUGAAUUUUUGGCUUCAAGGACAGUUUCUGGAGAAAAAUCAAGAAUCAGCAUCAACCAGUUCUCCCUAUGAGAAAUCAAACUCCAAACAGUGGUUUGAGGAUGAAGAGAUAAGAAGAAAAGCACGAAAAUUCGCAAAGUCCUUCUUAGACUUUACCAAUGUCAAUAAAUCUCAAGAAAAGACUCGGUUCAUUGUGGCCUCUGUUCCAGUUGAGGAGCAUCCAGGCACUGCCAUUUACCUGUAUGAGGAUGGAGAGCUGGACAGCACCAACUUUGAGCCUCCAUCAAAGCCUCUUCCAGCCCUGAUUGGUGGAAUCAGACAUGACCGUGUGCAGCUCACGUUUAACCCAGCAGCCUAUGGCAGGGCUGCGAUAUCCGGCUAUCAGGCAGAGUACAGAACUGUAGGGCAGGAGAACUGGACGGCUGUGAAUGUAAAUAACACACAAGUGACAUUCACAGUAACAGGGCUACGUGCAAACACCGAGUACCAGUUCCGAUACGCUGCCGUGAGCAAACCAGGGCUCAGCGAGAGCAGCGACGUGAGUGAUCCUGUGAAGACGCUCUCUCCAACCAGCCCGCCUGGGAAGCCUGUAACAGCUACUGUAGGCUCAUCAGCCAUUGCGCUCACCUGGGAGUGUCCAACUGUGGUUGGAGAAGGAGUCAUUAUAAGGGAGUAUAAGGUGGAAUAUAAAGAGAAGACAGGAGAUACGAGUCAGGAGGGGAAAGGUAAAUGGCUGGAACGAAGGACAGGAGAGAGAACAGAGUCCUGUACCAUUGAUGGACUGAGGCCUGAGACGCCCUACAGAUUCCGAGUGUCGGCUGUGUGUGCGGAUGGAGCUGUGAGUGACCCAAGUGAGGAGAGUUCUAUCUCAACGCUAAAGAAAGGUAAACAUUUAAGUAAAUCUGCGUAUUAUUCCCUCAACUACAGCCCUCUAGUGCCUGGAGCUACUGGAUCAGUGUCAGGUGAUGACAGCCAACAGACCAGAAGAGAAGAACUGAGAAUUGUGCUUGUUGGUAAAACUGGAUCUGGGAAAAGUGUAACAGCAAACACCAUCCUUGGUAGAGAAAUGUUUGUCUCCAGAUUCUCAUUCAAAUCUACAACCAAGAAAUGUGAGACUGGGAGAGCGAGACUGGAUGAGAAGAGGGAUAUUCUAGUUGUUGAUACUCCAGGUAUUUUCGAUACUAAUGUUUCUCUUGACAUUGAGAUUGGUCGCUGCAUGUUGUAUUCGUCUCCUGGGCCUCAUGCUAUAGUUCAGGUGAUACAAUGGGGCCGUUUCACUGACGAGGAAAGAAAAACAGUAGAACGAAUUCAAGGAAUUUUUGGAGACGAGGCCAUUAAAUACAUCAUAUUCUUAUUCACCCACGCAGAAAAAUUAGAAAAUCUCGAGCUGCUUGAUCAGUUACAAGAGCUAGGGGAUGAGAACAUUCCUGAGCUGCUGAGAAAAUGUCAGAACCGAGUCUGUGCUUUCGAUAACAAAGCUCCUAAGGAGGAACGGGGAGCUCAGGUUACUGAGCUCAUUAAAAUGAUUGAUACGAUGGUGAGUGAAAAUGGAGGCUCAUAUUACACUAAUGAGAUGUAUAAAAGGGCCGAGGAAAAAAUCAAAGCAAAGACAAAGGAACUAGAGAAAAAAUACAGAGAAGAGGAGGAAGAAAAGAAAAAAGAAAUGGAAAGUAAAAUACAGGAACAGAUAAAGAUAAGAGAAGAGAAAUUCAUGAAAGAAAGAGAACAGGAACAAAAGGAAGCUUUACGUAAAGAGAUGGAACCCGUGGAACAAGAAUUAAAGAAAAUACGUGAAGCAAUUGACAGGAAUACAGGGCUAAAUAAGAAGGUGCCAGGGAUGAAGCCAAAAACGACAGCUCUAUAUUACAAUGGAUGGCUGAAGACAUAGCUAUAUUGAUUGGCAAAGUGGCAGUGUGGCUUAGUAGUUUGUUUUAAAAGUGAAUUGUGGGGUUGUAGAUAUUUUUUUCUUUCUCACUUUGUGAGCAAAUUUGUUUAUUCAAAUACUAAGGUGAUUUCUCUAAUUGUUAAUUCUGCAACCUCAGCCUGGGAAUCUGAUAAUCAAGCUGUGUUAUUUGUGCCUUGUACGUUAUUGUGUAGUCUAUAGGUGUAGGUAUUUGCUAGGUAAGGCACAGGUAUAAGUUAAGGCAGUAACGCAAUAAACCUACAAGGGUCAAGGCUUGUAAGACAAUAGCUUAGCUAAACAAGGCAUAAGACUCAAAGAAAGACUAGACAUAAGCAACUAACCAGUAAGUGAUUCUAGAUCAAAUAUACCAUAAGCUAGAAUGUUAUAUGAAGUAAGUAUGUUAAAAUUGCUGAUAUUUAGAAAAUGUAUGCCAUAAAGUACUAGUUAAAGCUGGUUAGAGUAUUUGGGGGAUUUUUGCAGACAUGGGGUGUCAGCAGUGUGCUAACCACUAGUUGUCAUGGUGAGUGAGUGACUAACAUAGAUGUUGUUAAUAAGACUAAUGAGUUAACCUAUGAAAAACAGGGCACCCCAAUAUUAGAAGGGUGAGGAAAUACAGAUAAGGAAAAGGGGAUGAAACCCCACUGAAUAUGCAUUAGGCAUAGUGGCAUCAGCAUAAUACAUCAUAAAAUCUGUAUCCCAGUGUACAUGCCUUGGGAGAUGCCAGGAUGACAACCACUGGUGAUGGUGGUGAUGGUGAGGGUGAAGAGAAGGAUGAUAACUCAUACUUCAGGUUGUUCUGCAAGGGAUGGGGUGAGUAUGUGGAUGCUCAGAUGUUCAUUCUGUAUUCUCUCCAUCUACCUGGCUGGGAUGGAGUGUUUGUAACUUUGCCAACUAUGUUAAUAAAACUAUUACAAAUACAGA